AUGAUCAGAAGGGAGCCAACUGUAAUAGGCCUCAGUCCCGAAGACUUGGCAGAGCUGGAGGAAGAGCUAGAGGAGUUCAAGCUGCAGAGGGAAAUUAAGGCACAACAGCGAAACCUACAGCGGUCAGCAACGGUUCUAGCGGAAGCCGAUCUGCUAGAGUCCGAGGCUCCGGUUAGAGACGACACCACGCAUGAGAGCCCACUCCAGAAGCCGUUGGGCCAACAAGCGCCCCAUCGGCCUCCAUCACAGAGCGUCAACGCAGGUCCGCACGCUCCACGCAGCAAUCCAUUUUUCUCUCAACAGUGA